AUUACACUAUGGCUGAUAUGGAUAAGUCUGAAACACAUAAGGCCCAUCGAGUGGCCCACAGUGGCCGCAAAGCAAAGAAGAAAGAUGCCAAAAAGAAAAAGCAUCAUGAGCAAGAUUUGACGGCAAGGCAAAGAAAUCCGAAAGCUUUUGCCAUUCAGUCAGCUACGAAAGCUGAAAGGAUGUUUCGCAGGACAAUGGAUAUAAAGAGCAAGGGUUACAAAAUGCCUACUGUUGAUCGUAUGCCUGAAAAUCCUCCACCUGCUGUUGUAGCCAUUGUUGGACCUCCUAAAGUAGGCAAGACCAGUCUACUAAAAGGCUUAAUAAAAAAUUUUACUAAACAGAAGAUAACUUCCAUUCAGGGCCCUGUUACUUUAGUAUCUGGUAGAAAGAAGCGGGUUACUUUUAUAGAAUGCAACAAUGAUAUAAAUAACAUGAUUGAUAUUGCUAAAAUUGCUGAUAUGGUGUUAUUAUUAAUUGAUGCUAAGUCAGGUUUUGAAAUGGAGACAUUUGAAUUCAUGAAUAUUUGUCAAGUCCAUGGAAUGCCUCGUUUAAUGGGAGUUUUAACACACCUUGAUCUGUUCAAAAAUAAAAAAGCCUUGCAAAGUGCGAAAAAAACAUUAAAGAGACGUUUCCGUGCAGAAAUACCACUAGCUGAAAAGAUGUUCUAUCUGUCAGGUAUGCUACAUGGAGAAUACCUGAGAAAAGAAAUGCAUAAUGUAGGACGUUUUAUUUCUGUGAUGAAAUUUGAAUUGUCUUCAUAUAGAAAAUCUCAUCCGUAUGUUUUAGUUGAUAGAAUGGAAGAUAUCACUGAUCCAGAGCUGUUAGUAAAUAAUCCAGUUGCCAAUCGCAAGGUUUGUUUAUAUGGUUAUGCCAGAGGCGGGGCUUUGAAAAAAAACUCUCCUUUUCAUAUUCCAGGUUGUGGAGAUUUCAUAAUUAAAACUAUUCACUUUUUACCUGAUCCUUGUGCAUUGCCUGAAAAGCAUAAAAAACGUUCUUUAAAUGAGAAAGAAAGGCUAAUUUAUGCUCCUAUGGCUGGUGUGGGUGGAAUUGUGUAUGACAAAGAUGCUGUUUAUAUUGAGGUGAAGGAUAAUCAAGGUCAAGCAGACGAUGAAACGGAAAAUAAACCUUCUGAGAAACUAGUAAGCUCUAUAGUUUCAGUACAACAUCCUAUUGAUGAGAAAAUGAGGGCUGCAAAACUGCAGUUACUUCCUGGAGAACAACCUUUAAUUGAAGAGGAUUUAUCAAGUGAGAGUAAUGAAGAUGAUGAAAAUGAUGAUGAAGAUGAUGGUGAUGAGGAAGAUGAUGAUGGUGAUGAAAAUGAGGAAGAUGAUGAUGGUGAUGAAAAUGAGGAAGAUGAUGAAAAUAAUAAUGAAAGUGACAAAAGCAGUGAUAAUGGCAGUGAAGAUGAACACAACAGUGAAUCUGAAUCUGACAGUGAAAAUGAAGAAAGUGAGAAUGAAAGUAGAACAUUGCUAGAUAAAGAAGAAACUCAGCAAAAAACAGGAAAGAAGAGAAAGGUGAGGUUUGAGGACGAAGAAGAUGAAUCUCAAGUAUAUGGUAUAAAGAAAGAUUCUGUAAAAUUAGCUUCUGAUGCAGAAAUGAAGCAGACUAGAAAAAAGACAAAAUUAGAAAAAAAUGAUGAAGAAAAGGAAGAUGAUUUUGAAGAAAUGGGACAUGCAAAAUGGAAGGAUAAUUUAAUGAAAAAAGCUGCUGAUGACUUUUACCAAAGGCAGAAAGAAACAUUUAAUCUUCAGAAACUUGUUUAUGGGCAACGUCAAAUACAAGAAACAGAGGACUCAGAUUCUGAUGAUGAAAUUGGCGGGCUCUUUCGAUUAGCUAAACAUGAAAAAGAGAAAAAACGUUCCCAAAGCGAUGAUGGAAUUGAUUGUUCCAAGUUUACAACAUCUGUUCCUAGGGAUUGGACUGAUGAAAAAGAAAUGGAAUCAAUAAAAGAUUGUUUUGUUACUGGUAAAUGGGAUGAAAAUGAAGAUGCAGAGCGUUUACUGGAAGAAGAUGAUGAAUUGUAUGGAGAUUUUGAAGAUUAUGAAACAGGAGUUGCAUAUAAAGCUGAAGAGCCUGAAAAGAAAACAUCUGAAGAUGAAGAAGAUAGCACAGAAGAGAAUACUGGGGAAGAUGAAAAAACUGAAGCUGAGAUGGAAAGAGCUCUUGAAGAAAAAUACAGGAAAAAGAAGGAGUUAAAAGAAGCAUUUAACAACAAUGUUGAUGUAACUAAAGAUAAAUCAUACUAUGAGGAUCUUAAAGCUGAAGUUGAUGCUCAAGCAGAGCUGAACAGAAAAGAGUUCGAGGAUCUAGAUGAUGAAGUCAGAAUUCAGUAUGAGGGCUACAGGCCUGGCCUAUAUCUCCGCCUUGAAGUGGAGGAUAUGCCAUGUGAAUUUGUGAAGAAUUUUGAUCCAGCUUAUCCAAUUAUUAUUGGUUCACUUUUGAAAGGUGAAGAUAAAAUGGGCUAUUUGCAGGUUCGAAUUAAAAAGCAUCGCUGGUAUCCAAAAAUAUUGAAGAGCCGAGAUCCGCUAAUAAUAUCAUUGGGAUGGCGUAGGUUUCAGACUAUCCCCCUGUAUUAUAUUGUUGAUCACAAUAUGCGUAAUAGACACUUGAAGUAUACUCCUAAGCAUUUACAUUGCAUGGCUGCCUUUUGGGGUCCCAUUUCUCAGCAGAAAGCAGGAAUUUUAGGAGUUCAAACUGUUAGCGAAAUAACGAGCAAUUUUAGAAUUGCUGCUGUAGGAUCUGUAACAGAAGUAAAUAAGAUGACAGAUAUUGUAAAAAAACUUAAACUUAUUGGAAGACCAUGUGAAAUUUUCAAGAAGACAGCUUUUAUUGAGGGUAUGUUCCAUUCAGCUCUAGAGGUGGCAAAAUAUGAAGGUGCUGCUAUAAGAACAGUUAGUGGCAUCAGAGGACAGAUCAAAAAAGCAUUAAGGAUACCUCCUGGGGUCUUUCGUGCUACUUUUGAAGAUAAAAUUAUCAAAAGUGAUAUUGUAUUCCUACGUACUUGGGUGAAAGUCAUAGUACCUCAGUUCUGCAUUACUGUAACAUCUCUGCUUUUGCCUCCUGAUCAGAAGGCAAAGUGGCAAGGAGCAAGAACUAUUGGUCGACUGCGUUAUGAGAAAGGGCUCCAUGCUCCUGUUAAUGAAGAUUCACAAUAUACUCCCAUCGAAAGAAAACUGAAGCAGUUUGCACCUUUGGUGGUUCCCAAGAACUUGCAGAAAGCUUUACCAUUUAAGGAUAAAAUUGUACAUAAACCAAAGAAACAGCAAGAUCCAGAGAAUGAAAGGGUGGCUGUUAUCAAAGAACCUCAUGAAAGAGAAAUAUCUAAAGUCUUAAGUAUGUUAAAGACUGUACAUAAAAUGAAAAUGAAAAAGGAGAAUAAAGCAAUGUGGCUGAGAGCUAGAGCACACCGUAAAGAAAAGCGUGCAAAUGAAGCCAUUCACCACCAAAAAGUCCAGCAAAUGAAAAAGCGAAUUCUUCGAAAGAAGCACAUUAAGGCACCGGAUAUGCAGUAAUUUGUACAUAUGAAUAAAGAUUAUUUAUAUAUUUUUAUAUAGAAAA